AUGGCUGAGGCUGGGACCGAGACCUUGAGGGACCUCAAGCAGGUCUCCUUGGGAGACCUGGAGACCUUGGCAGAGGCUGAGGAGGCAGAUGGGCAAAGCCGAACAGAGCCGGACCUGGGAGACCUCGGCGCUGGGCACUCUCAGACGGGCACAAGGGCCAUGUCAGGAACAGGCUUCACCCAAGAGCAGCCCAGGAAGGCCUCUGAGGUUUACCAUCGGACAGAUUCCAUGGCAGAAAGCAGCUCAGUCCCCAAAGGUGCCAACCGGCCCAAAGCCAGUGGGCAGGGACGGGACAGUGUCCUGUGGCACGGGGGCCAGCGACUUAUGGGCAUCUUUGGGGGGAUGCCAGGGGCCAGGCCCUGCAAUGGGGCUGUGUUAUCUGUCCAUAUGGCACUAGGGAAGGAAGAAGUCCUGCUGAAGUUCAGGAACGGAGAAGCCGAAAGGAUGAAUCAUGAGGGUUACGAAACCCAGGAGCUCCUGAGAGUCAAGCUGGGAGAGGCAGGUCUGGGGGCCCCGCCUUCGGAGCCCCGAGACAGGCCCAGGGAGGCCCUAGCCAGAGUUCAGACAGCCGGCUGGUCACCUGCGGCGGCGGCCCAGCCCCCGGCGCACUCGGAGCGGAGCCGCCGCGCUGCCAUGCCUGGGCCCGGGCCCCGGCCGCGCGCCCCGCGCCCCUGGCGCCCCGGGCACCCCUGGCACCCCUGGCACCGGCUGCUGCUGCUCCUGCUCGCGCUGCCCGCCGCCCGCGCCGCGCCCCCGCGCCCCGUCUUCACCAACCACUGGGCGGUGCAAGUGGCCGGGGGCCCCGGGGCGGCGGACCGCGUGGCCAGGGCGCACGGCUACCUCAACUUGGGCCAGAUUGGAAACCUAGACGACUACUACCAUUUCUAUCACAGUAAGACCUUUAAGAGAUCGACCAUCAGCAGCCGAGGCCCCCACACCUUCCUGAGAAUGGACCCCGAGGUCAAGUGGCUCCAACAGCAGCAGGUUAAGCGCAGGGUGAAGAGGCAGAUCCACAAUGACCCCCAGGCCCUGUACUUCAACGACCCCAUAUGGUCCAGCAUGUGGUACAUGCACUGUGGAGACAAACAGAGCCGUUGCCGCUCGGAGAUGAACGUGCAGGCGGCGUGGAAGAGGGGGUACACGGGCAAGAAUGUGGUGGUCACCAUCCUCGACGACGGCAUCGAGAGGAAUCACCCCGACUUGGCCCCCAACUAUGAUUCUUACGCGAGCUAUGAUGUCAACGGGAACGACUACGACCCGUCUCCCCGAUACGAUGCCAGCAACGAAAAUAAGCACGGAACCCGCUGUGCGGGUGAAGUGGCCGCAUCAGCCAACAACUCCUACUGCAUCGUGGGAAUCGCCUACAACGCCAGGAUCGGAGGCAUCCGCAUGCUGGACGGCGACGUGACAGACGUGGUGGAGGCCAAGUCGCUAGGCAUCAGGCCCAACUACAUUGACAUCUACAGUGCCAGCUGGGGACCCGACGACGAUGGCAAGACCGUGGACGGGCCCGGCCGACUGGCCAAACAGGCCUUUGAGUACGGCAUCAAAAAGGGUCGCCAGGGGCUGGGCUCCAUCUUUGUCUGGGCGUCGGGGAACGGCGGGCGAGAGGGCGACCACUGCUCGUGCGACGGCUACACCAACAGCAUCUACACCAUCUCGGUGAGCAGCGCCACGGAGAACGGCUACAAGCCCUGGUACCUGGAGGAGUGCGCCUCUACCCUGGCCGCCACCUACAGCAGCGGCGCCUUCUACGAGCGCAAAAUCGUGACCACGGACCUCCGCCAGCGCUGUACUGACGGCCACACGGGCACUUCGGUCUCAGCCCCCAUGGUGGCCGGCAUCAUCGCCUUAGCCUUGGAGGCCAACAGCCAGCUGACAUGGAGAGACGUCCAGCAUCUGCUGGUGAAGACUUCCAGGCCGGCCCACCUUAAAGCCAACGACUGGAAAGUGAAUGGAGCCGGGCAUAAAGUCAGCCAUCUCUAUGGUUUCGGCCUGGUGGACGCAGAGGCCCUGGUGGUGGAGGCCAAGACAUGGAAGGCCGUACCCGCCCAGCACACGUGUGUGGUGGCCACGGACAAGAGGCCCAGGAUCAUCCCUGUGGGGCAGACGUUGCGGUCCACAGCCCUGACCACGGCCUGCGCCGACCGCUCCGACCAGCGAGUGGCCUUCCUGGAGCACGUGGUGGUUCGGGUCACCAUCUCGCACCCGCGCCGUGGCGACCUCCAGAUCCACCUCACCUCCCCCUCGGGGACCAAGUCCCAGCUGCUGGCCAAGAGGUUGCUGGACCUCUCCAAUGAGGGCUUCUCAGACUGGGAGUUCAUGACUGUGCACUGCUGGGGGGAGAAGGCUGAGGGUGAAUGGACCCUCGACAUCCAGGACCUGCCGUCACAAGUGCGCCACCCCGACAGGCAAGGGAGGCUGCGAGAGUGGAGCCUGAUCCUUUACGGCACCUCCCAGCACCCCUACGACAGCUUCAGCGCCCACCAGUCCCGCUCUCGGAUGCUGGAGCUCCCCACACCCGCGCUGGACACCCCCAGGACCGGCCCCGCCCCACCCGAGGGCCCUGAGGAAGAGGAGGAGUACACAGGUUCGUGCCACCCAGAGUGCGGCGACAAAGGGUGUGACGGCCCGGGCGCGGACCAGUGCCUCAGCUGUGCCCACUUCAGUCUGGGCAGUGCCAAGAGCAGCCGAAAGUGCGUCAGCCAGUGCCCGCUGGGCUACUUCGGGGACACCGCGGCCAGACGCUGCCGCCGCUGCCACAAGGGCUGCGAGAGCUGCUGGGGUAAGAGCCCCAGCCAGUGCCUGAGCUGCCGCAGAGGCCUCUACCACCUCCCCGAGCGUGGGGCCUGCCUCACCCUCUGUCCCGCCGGCUUCUACUCCGACCAGAGUCAGAAAGCUUGCCUUAAGUGCCACCCGAGCUGUGCACACUGCGUCGCCGAGCCCGAAAAAUGCACCGCCUGUCGGGAAGGGUUCAGCCUAGUGCGAGGCAGCUGCGUUCCUGACUGUGCUCCCGGCACCUACUUUGACUCUGAGCAGAUUCGCUGCGGGCAAUGCCACGCCAGCUGCCAGACCUGCGUGGGGCCCGGCCAUGAGGAAUGCAUCCACUGCGCCAAGGACCUCCACUUCCAGGACUGGAAGUGCUUGCAAGCCUGUGAGGCAGGCUUCUUCCCCGAAGCCAUGCCUGGCCUACCCCAUAAAGUCUGUCGGAGGUGUGAGGAGAACUGCCUGAGCUGCGAAGGCUCCAGCAGGAACUGCACCCACUGUGCGCCUGGCUUCACGCAGCUGGGCCCGACCUGCGUCAGCACUCACAGCUGCAGCAAUGCCGACGAGACCUUCUGUGAGAUGGUGAAGUCCAACAGGCUGUGUGAGCGGAAGCUCUUUAUCCAGUUCUGCUGCCGUACCUGCGUCCUGGCAGGCUAAGGGACACCUCCCAGCCUGGCGGCCCCUCCAGGCAAACCGUGGGCCAGAACCCAGCUCCAGGGCAGCCCGAACCCCAGGAGCCAGACUUGCCCCUCGCAGCCCCCUGGAGGGCAGGUUCCAGGAGCCGCAGUCGCCUCUGAAAACUCCGCUUGCUCCUCCGUUCUUCUGGCAAAUUCCGACCUGGAACCAGAGGCCUCUCAGGGAGCCCCGGCCAAGCCUUCCCAGCAGCUCCGGGCCCCCUUCAGCUCGCUGCCCGCUCCCAGGCCCAGGCAGGAAAGAGACGCCCCAGGUGGAUCGUAGAUGAUGCAGGUGGAGUGGAAGGCCUGAAAGGUGUGACCCCAACACUGCAGCAUCUCUCCAGAACCUACAUCUGCUGUGACUGCAGCGAAGGCACCUUGGAGCCCAGAGCAGGGUCUGGUCCCUGUGUUGGGGGCCCAGGCCCCACUCCAAGCAACAGCAGCACUUCUGAGCAGGGGUCCCCAGGGGAGCCCUGACUACCAGUUUUCUUUUUCCCAGCUCUCAGCAGCUGGGCACCCCAUUUUCCUGGAGUGACUUUCCAAACCCGCCUUGGCCUCUGAUUUCUCCGGAACAUCGUUUAUCUAAAAUGGGGUCCCCCUGUCCGUGCCCGUGCACCAUCCGCGACUGGGGUUCUCUGCCAGACCUGAGUUCAGUGUUUUGUGAGACCCGCUCUUUUUGACCAACAGAGUUCAUCUGUUUUCAUCGACAUGCACAGAACCUGCUUGAGCCCCUCCCUUGAGCAGGGAGGGGAACAUCUGCCUUAAAAUUUUCCAACUCCUUCUCCUGUGUUGUCUGUCCUGCCUCCCCCCUUUAAACUGGAACGCAUCUGCCUUGUCCCUGGGGGGCCGGAGCCAGGACUCGGGUGGGGGAGUAAACCCAGCUGUUGUUUAUUGACUCCACGACUCAGAAAUGAAACGACCAUCAACCAGGCAGUUCCUCCUAAAUUAAUAAAAGAGUUGAGUUUUCCUGGC